AUGAGCCAACCUUGGGACUACAUAGCCAAGUUGGUCUGCAUCGGCGAUUCCGCCACCGGCAAAAGCUCUCUUACAGUCCGCUUAUGUGAAGGGCGCUUCUCCGCCCAACACGAUGUUACAAUUGGCGUCGAGUUUGGCUCUCGUGUUGUCAAUGUUGGGCCGAGCAACAGCUCCCCAACUUCUCCAGAAGGUUCUGACCCCAAGGGGAAGAAAAUGAAGCUCUCGUUGUGGGACACGGCAGGGCAAGAAACAUACAAAUCUGUCACAAGAUCUUAUUUCAGGGGUGCUUCCGGAGCGUUGUUAGUCUUCGAUGUCACUCGGCGGCCUACAUUUCUGCAUGCCAUAGAUUGGCUGAGCGACCUGAGACAAAUAGCCGAUGAUGGUAUUGUCAUUGUGCUCGUGGGUAACAAAAGUGAUCUUGCGACGUCACAAGCUCUCGGGGGCGAGAACAAGCGAGCCGUCACUUUUCAAGAAGCGGAGGACUGGUGCAGAACAAAUAAUGUAUUGAAGUACGUGGAGACAUCGGCGAAGAGUGGGGAAGGGGUUGAAGCGGCGUUUCUUGACGUUGCGCAGCGGAUCUAUGAAGGAAUCGAGCAGGGCAAAUAUGAUCUUGAGGAUCGGAGGAGUGGAGUCAGAGGACCAGGGGGGCUCCCAGGCGCAAGAGAGAAGAGGAUGUGUCUAGCAUUAUGA